GGUAUGUACAUUGAACGUCCAAAGUUUAUUUGUAACAAGUUUUGUAGUGUUAAUUUAAACAGUGAAAUGUUCCUGAGUAUAUGAUUUUGUGUGUUUUGAGGAUACCUAUUCAUCACAGAGAAUGGCUCCAAAGAAUUUGCCAACUGGCAAUGAAUCGGAGGAGGAAAUGGAAGUUGAUCGGGCACAAGGAGCCCAUGAUUCUGAUGAAGAAGGAGGUAUCAGGAUUGAUGAAGACAUUUAUAUCCCGCCGAGACCUGCAGAAUUCGGCGAAGUUGAUACGACUGGUCCCCGAUUGAUGAUCACACAUAUCAACAAUUUCAACUUUAAGAGUUACGCUGGGGAGCAAAGAGUUGGUCAUUUUCACAAGUGUUUCUCUGCAAUUGUUGGACCCAAUGGAAGUGGGAAAAGCAACGUGAUAGACUCGAUGCUGUUUGUUUUUGGCUACAGAGCGAGCAAAAUCCGAUCCAAAAAAAUAUCAGUUUUGAUUCACAAUUCGAGCGAGCAUCUUAACGUUAAUAGCUGUUCAGUGUCCAUCCACUUCCAGCAAAUUAUCGACAAGGUUGGAGACGAUUACGAGGUGGUACCAAACAGUCAGUUCGUAAUAUCAAGAACAGCUUUCAAAGACAAUUCUUCUUAUUAUCAACUCAAUGGAAAGAAAGUCCAGUUCAAAGCAAUUGCAAAGCUUCUCAGAUCCCAUGGCGUUGAUCUCGAUCAUAAUCGUUUUUUAAUUUUGCAAGGUGAAGUGGAGCAAAUUGCACUUAUGAAACCAAAGGGACAAAAUGAGGGCGAUACUGGUCUUCUGGAAUUUUUGGAAGACAUCAUAGGAACGGUAAGGUACAAGGAACCUCUGGAAAAGCUUUUCGAGAAGGUCGAGCUUUUGACGGAACGAAGAACAGAGAAGUUACAUCGUCUGAGGGUCGUCGAGAAGGAGAAGAAGGAUUUGGAAGAACCGAUGCAGGAUGCGGUGCAAUAUUUGAAACUGGAGAACAGCAUUACGAAAUAUCAGCAUCAAUUAUACCAUCGAAAGAGAUUUGACGCAAAAGUCGAACUCGAAGAACAGCAGGAAAAAUCCGAAACCCUGGACAAAGACUAUGCUGAUCUAUGCGACCAAAUGAAAGAAAUCCAAUCUCAGAAAGCCGAGAUGCUGAAAGAGCUUAAAGAAAAAUCGAAAAAGUGGGAAAAACUUCAAGAGCAAAAGGACGCCACAACCGUCAAGUUUGACGAAAUCCGAAAAAAGGAUGAAGCCCUGCAUGAAGAAUCUAUAGAAACAAACAAACGCCGCAAAGCAAAUAAUGCUUCCGUCAAAACCGAAAAGGCAAAACUCGAGGAUCUGCUACGUGUUCCAGAGAAAAAUGCAAAAGACACCAAAGAAUGCGAAAAUCUCAUCGAGAAAAGUAUUGCUGAGAGAGAAAAGGAGGAGGCGAACCUGCAAUCAUUGAUGAGUAGCUUGAAGCAAAAGACCGAGCCUCUUCUUCAACAGCGAACGAAGCUAGAGACUGAACUUAUUUCAUUCAGGAAAAAAGUCGACGAGGCGAAAGCAGCUUUCGAUAUCGCGCAAUCGGAACUUCAGUUGUAUACUUCCGAAGAGGAAAAGGAAAAAACGAGAUUGGAGCAACUUCAGGAAACGUUAAAGACUACCACAGUCACUUUGAAACAGAGAAGGGAACAGUUGGCGCAGUUUGAGAAGAAAAUUCCAGGGACGGAGAAAAGUGUCGCGGAUGUUGAGAGGAGAUUAGAGGAUGUGAGGACGAAAGAAGCGGAAUUGACAAUGAAAUUGAGGAUGAAGAGGACUCAGUUUGACGAACAAAAGUCCUCGAUGCAAGCGAAUAGGUCCAGAAACCGGGUUUUGGAUGCGUUGAUUAAGGAGAAGAGAGAAGGAAGAAUGCCAGGAAUUUUUGGAAGACUGGGUGAUCUAGGCGCGAUUGACGGGAAAUAUGACGUUGCCAUUUCCACCGCCUGUGGUCCUCUCGAUAAUAUCGUUGUCGACACAGUUUCCACCGCAGAGUCCUGCAUAAGUUUCCUUCGAGAAAACGACCUUGGGCGUGCGACCUUCAUUCCCCUCGAAAAACAGCAACGCUUCGCCCAAGUAUGUAAACAGAGAAUCAACACUCCCGAAAACGUCCCGCGUCUCUUCGAUCUGAUCAAGGUCGAUGACGAACGAGUCCUGCCAGCAUUUUUCUACUCCCUCCAAAAUACUUUAGUCGCCAACGACCUGGACCAAGCAACCAGAAUCGCCUACGGCGCUCAGCGACACCGGGUCGUCACUCUAAAAGGCGAAUUAAUCGAACUCGCAGGAACAAUGAGUGGAGGUGGAAAAAACGUUUCUCGAGGUCGAAUGGGCCAAAAAGUUGUGCGAAAUGAGCCAAGUGUCGCCGACGUUGAUAAACUCCAACAAGAACUCGACCAAGUUUUCGCCGAGUGUAAUCAACUUAAAAUGCAACAACAGCCUUUAGAAAAUCAACUCCAAACUCUUUCAGUCUCUUUAAGAGAGAUGAGAAAUGAUCGAGAUAAAUUCAUGAUUGAAGUUAAAUCUCUGACAGAGCAAGAACCCGUUUUGAAACAACAGUUGAAAAUUCAGGAGAAGAAAGCAGCGGCGGCCGUUGCGAAUCCUCAGAAAGUGAAGGAGUUGACAAAGCGGGUUGAGAGUGCUGAGAAGAAUUUGGAGAAGGCGGAGGCUAGUUCGAAAUCUACGGAGGACAAGGUGGCGAAGAUAAAUCACGAGAUCGAGGAAAUUGCUGGAGAUCGAGUGAAAGAACAGCAGAAAAAAAUUGCGGGAUUGACCAAAGCAAUAGAUAAGGCGAAGGCAGAGGUCUGCAGGUUGAAGGUGGCGAUAAAGACGGCAGAGAGGAAUGCAAAGAAGACGCAGCAAAGGAUCGAGACAUUGGAGAAUGAUGUGAAGUCUGCAGAGAAACGAUUAUUGGCUAUUCAAGAAGAAAAGAAAGAGUUCGAACAGAAGGCCGCGAGUAUGAUAGAAGAACUGAAGGAACUGAAUGAGGCACUUGUGGAGAGGGAUGAAGUCACGGGCGAGCUGAAGGAGAAAUUAAAUACAAUGCAGACUAACGAGAGUAAAUUGAAAGCCACGAAGAUUGACCUCGAUCAAAAGAUGAACGAAAUGCGAAAGACGAUAAAGGAAUUAACCCAGCGGAUUCCAGAUUUCACGAAAAGAAUCGCGGCCUUGAAACUACACGCCAUUCCCGAGAUGCCUGUCGAAGAAUUAACAGAAUUGAGUGAAGAUGAAGUCAAGGAACUUGACACGAAAACUAUCGCCGCCCAGUUUCAGAGAGCGAAGGAAAAACUUCCAGAGGAGGUUCCCAAUAUGCAGUACAUCCAGGAUUAUCAGGAAAAGGACAAGUUGUAUCUGCAUCGAGCAUCCGAAUUGGAUGAGAUCACCACGCAGAGAAAUAAACUUCGGGAGGUUUAUGAAGACGCGAAACGAAAGAGAAUGGAUGAAUUUAGAAAUGGGUUUAAGAUUAUCACGACGAAAUUGAAGGAGAUGUACCAAAUGAUUACUUUGGGUGGAGAUGCGGAACUGGAAUUGGUUGAUUCUUUGGAUCCGUUUAGUGAAGGAAUUGUAUUUAGCGUCCGUCCUCCAAAAAAAUCGUGGAAGAAUAUCAGCAACUUGAGUGGAGGCGAAAAAACUCUAAGUUCCCUGGCUUUGGUUUUUGCCCUUCAUCAUUACAAGCCAACUCCUUUUUAUUUUAUGGACGAAAUAGACGCCGCCUUAGAUUUCAAAAACGUCUCAAUUGUUGGAAAUUAUAUUAAAGAAAGGACGAAGAACGCCCAAUUCAUCGUGAUUUCCUUGCGUUCGAAUAUGUUCGAAUUGUCGAAUUAUCUCGUAGGAAUUUAUAAGACUUACAAUUGCACAAAAUGUGCAACCUUAGAUUUGACGAAAGCUUACAAGAGUCAUGGAAUCGCUUUGCCGGUGCAGCACAAUAACAUGACGAGAAAUCGGUUUCUGACUCAAUCUCAAAAAAUUAGCACGAGUCAGAGUCAGAAAACGCUUGAAGCUGAAAAUAGACCGGUGGCGCCUGUAGUAACAUGCCCUAGUAGAAUUGAGACGACGGAAGAUUCGCCAGAAAAGGAUCAAGAAGACUUUGGAGUGCCAGAAUUGGGACUUUGCCCGACCCCCAGAAGAGCAUCCGAUGUAUCAGAAAGGAGAUCUGUGCCUUUCAAUGAAGUACCAGAAAAUGAAAAUCAAGAAAAAAAUACAGUCACCGUCGAAACCGUAGAACCACUUCCGAAAAAAAGAAAAUUACAACGAAAACGAAGUCGUUGACACUAUACUAAAUUUUAUUGAGAGUUAACCUUUUACUACAAAACUUGUUCAAAAGUAAGAUCCGCAAAGGUAUUUUUAUAAAACCAGACUUAAUUCGAUUGUUUAUUUUUUAUUUUUUAUUUUCUAUGAAAAAAAAAUCGUUUCUUGUUAUGGAAAGGACGAGACAAUCGUUUGUAGGAUCACGUAGAUUACAGGCAAUAUUUUUAUAAUGGAAUGAUAGAAUGAGUAGCUAUAAGUAUUAUAAAUAUAAUUAUAUACUUGUAAAGUGAGUAAUAAAUCGUAAUCUAUAUAA